CAUUCAAACUAUCUCAUAAAAGAAAUCAUAAUUUUUUUAAUUCAAAUUUAAAAUUACAGUGCCAAUCGUUAGUGGAUAACGUAAAGUUGACAACAAGGUUGGAAAAUGAGAAGCGGAAGCAUAUGUAAAAUUAAUAAUUACGGUUUGAUGGUCUUAGUUUAUGUUAUAAUAUUUUUUUUAAAAAAAAUUGUGGUUAAAAUAGUGAGCCACUGGACUAGUUAAACUGUGGUUGUUCAUCUGAUUUUAUGUUGAGCCAUGGAAAAGCGUUUGGUCCAUCAAUAACCGUUCAAGCAAUGAUCAAUCGGACCACUAUUGUAACUGUUAGAUGGAAGAUCAAUGUCACAUUUAUUUUGGAUCCUUUCUUAGGUUGGGGAAUGAAUCUGAGUGAAGAUUUGGUUUUAUGGUGGUGCUCUUUUCUAGUCACCGGC